UUUCUUGUCCUUUUUUGGAAGAGAGGAACUGGUUUUUUUUUAUUGUUGUUCACUUCAACCCCCGGUCGGAUUUCAAAUGGCCGCGACAGUGUGACUCUCCUAAGUAACCAGUCGCUGAAACGUUACAUUCUUCAGCAAUAUCCUAAACCCCCCACCCCAGUGAAGGAAGAUGGCGUCGACAGCGUCAGCCAUUUCCCCGUCGAUUUUCGGCCAUCUCGCAGCAGCAGCGGUGUCCUCAGCUGCUGCCAUGUCUGGCAAUCCUUUCGUAGGGGGUGCCAAUUCACCCCUGAUGUUCCUGCCAACUAGUGCCACUGCUUCUGUGGUGUCUUCCAGCUUGGCAGAUGCUCCUCCAUCACCACCUGACCUUCUGCACCACCAGCCACAAAUGUUGCCACUGGACUGGUCCUUUAAAGUCAAACGGGAAAGGGCACAGUCACCAAAUGGUAGUGCAUUAGGUGGCAAACGUCUCAAGAGAGAAGUGGUCAGUCCUGCAGGUGUUGGCCUGAACAACUCUCUAUCAUCCCCACUACCCACUUCCACUGUGGUUGAUGGUGACCACACUGCUUCAUCCUCAUCUCCUGGCCUGACUAACUUGGCAGGUGGUGCCAGUGGUGCAGGUGAUGUUGCUGACAGGAGACUCAGUCUCCCAGUGGAGAUUUGCAUUGUCUGUGGUGACAGGGCUUCUGUUGUGCGUGUUCCGCGUUUUCCAACUUCCUUGUCCUGUCCUGACCUGGGGCCUCACUGGCAACCCGAGGAAGACGUGGGGGGCACUCGGAAUUAG